UUCUGAUAACCCUCCUUAGAACAGCAAGACCGCUGCCAUGCUACGCGGCUUCGCCAUUGCCAGCGGCUCCCUUGGGGGACGUUACCUCCUGGGGGACGCGCUGACCCAGCGCUUUAUCGAGCGUAAGGAGCAGAUCGACCUGCGCCGCAGUGGGCUCUUCAGCUCUUUUGGCCUGGUGAUGGGAUUCCCGGCCUAUCUCUUCUACGCCCAGUUCCCGCGCGUGCUGGAGCGCCAUUUUCCGGUGCGAUGGAAGCUCAUUGCCUCCAUGAUCGCGGUGGAUUGGGCGGUGUUUCUGCCUUUGGUGUACCUCCCAGUCUUCUACACCUUCCGAGAAGCCAUUUAUAACAGUCACGGGGACGGGCGCCAGCUGCUUGCGGCGGCCGGGGCGUACUGGGCGCGGAGCGUGGCGAGCGACCUCAGCGCGGCCACGCCGCUGCUGGUGACCUCGGACGUGGUGAUGUUCACCGCCUUGCCGGGCAUGUGGCGCGUGCCGUUCCUGUCCUCCAUCGGCCUGAUUUGGGUGGUUUACAUCUCCCUGAAGCGAGGCUCCCCCGACUGACCGGGGCUCGCAAGCGGACCAAUUGCCGCCCAUCCGCGGGCGCAUCGCGUAUGAGGACGAGGAGACUGGGAACCCCCAGCACGUGAGCAAGCAGCGUCCGA